AUGGAAACGCCACCCGACAGCAAUCCUCCUCGACCCGACGCCCCGAAGAGGAUGCUGCAGUUGGACACAGUCGAGCUGAGCCCCCCAAAGCCCAACACCGCCGCAGCUCACGUGAAGGAUGUCACACAUCAGGAAACCCAGCCGUGGAUGUAUGUUGACACCCAGAUCAACAAGCUUGACAGUGCAGAGACUCUGGUACUGGGCCAAACCUUGAGCCUGGAAAGGCUCUCUACUUCCAACUCACUUGCGGAAAGCAGCCCUGCGGAUGAGAUUGAAACACUCCUCGAGCAAAGCGUGGAUGAUCAGAUAGACGCAGAAGAACAAGAAGAGCUAAAGCUGCAGCAACAGGCAGCCGAGGCAGCAGCUGCCCGGUACCAAGAACUUUUGACGAAGCGAAAACAAGCUUUAGCUACGAAGCAAGCCAAAGCCGAGCGAGCAGCACACGAGGCAGAGCUGCAAAGGAAAGCCGCAGCCGAGGGAGAAGCGCAGGCACUGGCGGAGCAAGCUCAGAAAGCGGAAGCCGAGCGAGCAGCACAGGCACUGGCGGAGCAAGCAAAGAAAGCAGAAGCCCAGCGAGCAGCGCAAGCACUGGCGGAGCAAGCAAAGAAAGCCGAAGCCGAGCGAGCAGCACAGGCACUUGCGGAGUUUAAGAAAGCCGAAGCCGAGCGAACAGCGCAAGCACUGGCGGAGCAAGCAAAGAAAGCCGAAGCCGAGCGAGCAGCGCAAGCACUGGCGGAGCAAGCAAAGAAAGCCGAAGCCGAGCGAGCAGCGCAAGCACUGGCAGAGCAAGCAAAGAAAGCCGAAGCCGAGCGAGCAGCACAAGCACUGGCGGAGCAAGCAAAGAAAACGGAACCGGCCACAGCAGUGUUGCUUCAGAAAGCAGAGCGAGUGCUCGUAGAGGCUAAGCAAAACCAGGGCGAACGUGAGGACACUUCAGCUUUGCUACAGAAGGAGGAGGAGUACGGACGGAAGCUCACUUCGGACGCAAGGCAGGCAGCACUCAGCGCCGACGUGCUUCGUUUGAACGCGCAAAAGCUCGCUGAGCAGGCAGAGUUAGCCAGGCAACAAUUCUUGGAAGCGUCCAAGAAAGCAGAGUCUGCUAGCAAGGCCAGAGCCGAGCAAACUGUGGUUGUGGAGCAGGCACAAGCUGAAGCCGAGCGAGCAGCGCACGAGCAAGCAAAGAAAGCCCAGCCACCGACAGCAGUCACGAAGGCACAGUCAACAGGGGUCACACCAGAACACCCGAGUGUCACUGCUCCUCCCGUGCGUACUUUGUCAACUCUAGCGACUGCUGCUUCUUUCGAGGACUAUAGUCUGCCAGCCCGUGUGACUCAGACCCUCGUGUCCCCGGACGCCUCGGCAGCCCUGGCAGCGAAGCACCCCGGUGUCCUCAACACUCCGACGAAAGCUGACGACUUUGAGUUGCCCGAGCUGAGCAACGAGGAAAAGGCCAAGUACAAGACUUUCUGGAAUCGGCUUCGAUCUGCAUCCUUCGAGUCUUUGCCCGCCAGUGACACAGCUGCACCGGCAACUCCGAGCUCUGACCUUGUCAAGAAUCUCCAAACCGAUCCGGGUGCGAUUGAAGCAAUCGCCAAGCUGAUCGCAGAUAUGCAAAAGCAGACUGCCGCACCUUCGACCCCUGCAUCAGCAAGUGUCGCAGGGCCAACGACACCACAGCCUCCGCCACCAGCGCCCGCGGCAGCAGCAGGAGAAUAUUACAACUGGACCGACAUCUUGGCGUUCCACAACGGCGACUUGCAGAAGGCCAACAGCUUCGUGCAAAUGCGCCGUGGUCAAAGCAAAGGGUCCGGAGACAUGAAUUGGCUGGAGUUUUGGUCCCAGGCCAAGAAUGAGGACUGGGGGUCCCACCCGGUACAGUCCUGGGACGAAAGCAGCAGAGCGACCGCAUACGGCAUCACGAUACAUGGGGAUGAGGGGCAGUCGAAGAGGAAGAAGAACAUGCUCAUUUUGAGUUGGAGUCCUCUGGCUAUUAUCCAAUCGGACUUUUUCGCCUACGACACCGCUGGGGUAAAUGUUUCGCUUCAACAGUUCCAAAGCGAUUUAGCAUGCUCGCUCCGGCAAUGCGCAUCGCCUGACAACGGUUUGGGCCAUACUCUCCACAUCAUUGGGGGGAAAGGCGAUUGGAAAUGGAGAGUGGAAUGGUUAUUGCAAUCACGGCACUACAUGAAGGUGCAGAGCACAACAGAUGGCGUGUGUCCGAGAUGCCUAUGCACUCGCGACACGUGGCUAGACGCGGAGGAGCGUUUUAAUGCACCGGCCGACUUGCAAACAGCACGCUUGACCGCUGUGGGCGACAUUCCGCUUAAGACGGUGCCUGGCUGGCAGCCGGAAAUGGAAGUUCCAGAUUUGCUUCACACGCUCUGGACAGGAACGGGCCGGGACUUGAUAGGCAGUCUGUGCCUUGAGGUCGUCGAAAAAUCCGGCCUAUACAGUGGUAGCACCUACGACGAGCGUUUGCGGGGACUCCGGCGAGACAUGCAAUUAUGGUGCUCUGACAACAACAUUCGGCCAUCAACAAUCGAGGAGUUGAGUGCCUUGGCUUUCACUGGGGAGCACUUUUGGAUUUGGUGUCGUAUGCAACAGAAAAAAAUUUGA